AUGGGUUCUAAGAAGGAUUCUAUUCGGCUGUCGACGUACGACGAGCUGUUCAACACAACACCGAAACCGUCAGCGUCGACAUUGAAGAAGUUGAGGAGCGUAAAGCACGCAGGGAAAGGCUCUGAGCUGGUUGCAGCACUGCGGCGCCAGCGGGUUGUCGUCGAUGAACGUGCGAUUCACUUUGUUGCAGAGGCCAGGGCUGGGAAAAGAGCUGAUGCAAGAAAUUCUGUAUUUAAAUUAGCACAGAAAUAUCGCGUGCUCCCGGACAGCGAACACGUUCAGAGGAUCAAACAGUUGUACGGAAAGGUCAAGGAGAAUGAAGACUCUGGUGAUGAAGAGUGGGAUAAAGCUUCAGCCAAGCUACCAGGGAAACUCGAGCUGGCGGCGUUUCUGAAGCUGUUGCAUAAAGACGACGCUCAUGAGCACCUGCUAGAUGAAAUGGAAGAAAUAAACCAAGAAACAGCUGAUCUACCCAGCGACGUGGUCACUCAAGAGGAAAUAACGGACACAAGCACAAUCACUGAGCUUGAUAUGAUCAUGCAUGAGACCGAGAAAAAGAUCGACGAAGAAGAGGAGGAAGAAGCUGGAAGUGAAGACAGCGAUGUAGAAUUCGAUGAAGAAGACCUUAAAACCCUUAAUUCGAUGCAGCGUGAGUUUGUCGGCAACAAUUUGUUCCAAUGGUUCAAGGAAAUACAAAAAGCUUAUGAAAGCGGCGUCAAGCUUGUCAAAGUCAACCGCAUGGGAUACAAGUUCAUUCGUAUUGUAACCAUAAAAGACAUGCUUCUCGCGAUCCACCAGCCCUACACACAGUCUCAAGUAAAAGUCGAUCGGCAAGUAGCUCUCCACUCUAUCGUUUCCGUACACCUGGGAAAGGAAUCCAAGGAGUUUGAUGCCAUCGAGGAGCUCGUCAAAUCAAAUCAAGAAGCUGCAGAAUUCAACCCUAAGGGAACGGUCUGCUGCGUCGUGAGGCUUCCGAAGAACAGGAGCCUCUCACUUGUCUUCUUGUGA